AUGCCCACAUGUCCUCCUCGAGAUAUUGUGCUGGAAUUCAAAGAAAAGCUAGACGAGCACAAGGAAGAAGAUUUGAAUCGUGUAUGUUCAAUGCCUGACCCUCCACCAAAUUGUCCCGAACGAGCAGCUUUUUUGACACCGGUGCGCUAUCCACGUCCUGGCCUUAUGUUGCUGCUCCUAUUUAUAAUCUUCUCUACGGUAUUAGCAAUAUUCCUAGCAAUUGUCAAGAAGACCAUGUUCUCCGAUGAGUUCUAUGCCAUUCUGGAUUUUUGCUCAGCUAUAAGUAAGUUUCUGCAUUACAUCGUUCUUUAUGCGAACGCAGAUUAA